AUGAAUGAAGAAAACUACAAUGUGAAUGAUAAGGAUAGUCCAUCCUUUAUAUUUUAUGAAAAAACAUAUGAAGGUGAUGACACGUGCUUUUUUAAUAUAAUUAUAAGUUUUAAAAAACUGAAAAUAUAUAAUGAAAAAGAUUUUGAAGAAGUUAUAAAUUUGAAUGCAGAACAUAUAUUGAAGGAUAUUGUAAAGAUAGAGGAGGGUUUACAAAGGAAUAUAUAUAAUACUGAAAUAAUUAAAAAGAGAAAUAAUAAAAAGAGAAACAAAAAAAAAGAAGUUUUUGAUAUAGAUAUAAAUAAUGAAAUGGAUAAUGAAAAUAUGAAUGACAUUAAUUAUAAUCCUAAUAAAUAUGAUAAUUGUGAUGAUCUUUAUAAAAAUUAUAAAGAGCGGUUUGACAUCCUUAUUAAUGAACUUAAUGAUUCUAAUAUAAAAAGUUAUACGCUAAAAGAAAAAUCUGAGGGAGAAGAAGAAAAAAAAAAAUUGUGUGUAAUGUGGGAACUUGAUUUAUCAUAUAAUUAUUUUAAAGAAAUUUCUAUUGAUAAUAUAUUAUCCAUUAUGAUAAGCAAAAAUAUUAUCCCUCAUAAGAAUAUUUUACAAUUAAAUAAUUUAAGAACAUUAAACUUAAGGAAGAAUAAUUUAAUAUAUUUUCCUUAUAUUUCAAAUUUUGUAUUGGAUGGCUUAGUUAAUAUACACAUAUCACAUAAUUAUAUAAAUGGAUGUAAUAAUUAUAUAGAUAAAAUAGAUAAUAUGACAUAUAUAAGUAAAAACUUAUGUGAAGAGGAUAUAAAAAAUAAAAUAAAUAAUAUCAAUUUUAAUAAUGAAGGUACAUGGAAUAAGAUAAUACCUAAUUUAAAAAAUAUUUAUGUACAGAAUAAUUAUUUGCAAUCUUUUUUUUCUUUAAAAUAUUUAAUUAAUAAACAUAAAAACAUAAAAUAUAUAAAUAUUAGUUUUAAUAAAAUUAACUUCUUAACAGAUUUAUUUAUCUUAAAAAAUGUAGAACAUAUAAAUUUGUCUUAUAACACUUUUAUGAACGUAGAAAGUAAUAUGACAUCACAUGGAAUAACAAAAGAUAUAAACAAUAACAUGGAUGAAAAGAACGAUAUAUACCAUAAUAAUAUUAAUAAAAAUGAGACAACUCAACAAGAUGAAGAAAUAACUAUAAACGUAGAUCACACAAUUGAACAAACGUCUACACAUUUUUGUAUAGAAGGACAAGAAAAUAAAAAUAUGUUAAUUUCGGAUAGCACAUAUAAAAAUCAGCAUGAUAAUGAUAAUAACAAUGUUCAUAAUAAAGACAAUAAUAAUGAAAUUAUAUUUCAUAACCUUUUAUUAAAUUUGAAAUUUUUUUUUCCAUCUUUAAAAAAUCUAAAUAUAAAAUAUACAGAAGUUUACCAAAAAUUUAAGCUCUAUAUAAAGAAGGAAGAUUAUAAAUAUGAACAGAAUUAUUUUAUUGAUUUUAAAUAA